GAGGUCAUUAGUGCUGUAAGUUGAAGAAACGAAUACUAGGAUAGCAGCACAAAACGUGAUGAAUGCUAGGAUCGAAGGGCAUCAAUUGCGCAUGCUGAGAAGCGCUCGGUCGUGCCUUCCUUUGCUUGGAGAGGAAAUUGACUCACCUAGACCAGACUUCAGCUGCCUUUCCCAUUCCUUGGUCGCAUCUGCUACACUACCCUUCUCUCGUUCAGUCGCAAUCCAAAAAAAGAAUGAUGACCUUCCUUUCACUCUCUUUUUCCUUGAUUUUGUUGGACCUUGAUGUCGCAAGAACCCGCUUUCGAAGUCUCAGAACUGGUCAAUAGGUGGCUAGGUAAUCUAUCGCAAACCCUUCACGAAGAGCCAAACGCAGCUUCAGUACUGGAAGACUCGCUUCACGGACUUGGCCAGGAGCCAGAAACACUUACAAGGAAUGAGGACUCCUGUGGCGCGGAUGCAAAUGUUCGAAAAGGUGAGUCUACACCCUGGACAUAUGGUAUCGACCUGUUGAGCAUGAUAAAUACAGACACCAUCCCUUCGGGGGACCAACCUCCUGCGACGACAGAUCGCCAGGUUUCGAGACACUUCGAAGACAUAAAUCCCACGUACUGCUCAGCAGAGCGCAAGAAUAUGAAAAGGCGGCAUGAUCCAGAUCUUUCUCCUCCCAGACAUGCUCCCUCUCAACCGAGGUGCUUAUCACCGCCACAAGAUAAAGAGGCCACUACAGACCCAGCCGAUAAAUACGCUCGCAGACAGAGACGGAAAACAAGACCUGACAAAUACGAAUACAAGGGUGCCACGCAAAGGGCCUCGACCUUGCGCCAAUCCAAGAAGCUGGAUCACAAGAAAUCCUGGGCUGUUCUCAACGACGAGUUUCAGGCACCGAAUGUCAGUUCGCAGCGAUUGACUCUCAGGCCGGGCCAUGGGCCAGGUAUUCUUGCCAAUGCAAGGACUUCGGGUCCUAUCCAGAGACAAGGAUUGCCCGACUUGACAUUUACAGAAAUGGACUUUCUCAAGAAGAAGGACAAACACAACGGUGACCCGCGAUUUGGCUCGGACAGACAGGUCCUUACGCGAAAGACGCACAAAGCCCCUAACAUGAAUGGUGAGAUAUCAAAUUUCUUUUCUCGUCCAGAAAACGGCAAGCGAAAGGCACCAUCACCACUUAAACCAUCUUACCAGCACUGUGAAACUCCAAAACCAUCGUCCAUACCCUUGCACAGUCGAUAUCCUGGACCGGCUGAUCCCGAGUCUCGCUGGAAACCGGAUAGCGAGGUGCCAAUCCUCAAACAUUUUCGCCCACCGUCUAGCCACAAGCCAACACCGUCUCACAAAAACCCAGGUACUUCUUACGUAUCUUGGUCUCGAAGUCCGAUUCGGAUAGCCAAUGCACCAACAUGGCCGGAAGCCAAGAGUGCUGCAGACCCACGUUCUUGCGAAAAUUCUAAGCGACCACUGGCCCAGGAAGUCCGUCGUAUCGAAACUCCGACCUCGAUAAACCCCCACAGUUCUGCAAGCAAUCAUUUCUUCAAAGACUUCACCACCAAUGCACUGUUGGGCGGAGUCGAGGCCUUUGCGCAAAAAGGCCGGCCAUAUUAUUCGCUUGAUGACCUCAAGGACUUGGCUGGGGAGAGGAAGGGGACGAGGAAGAGCAGCAUUCCUGUCGAUCUCUGUGACUUCAACCGGAAGCAUCACGGCCAAUUAGUACAUCCUCCCGACCUACUUAUGGAACCUCAGGAUUCGACAAUGGACACAAUGGCCCGACAGCAUACAGGUCAGCUUCGAAACGAAGCACCUGGCAGCAGGGAAAGCGUGCUGCCUGCACACGACCAAAUGGGCCGGACGCGUCACCUCGGGGAAGAAUCAAUAGUGCGCACACAAGUGUCAGGAUCAGCUCGCAGGCCGUCCGGAUAUCACGAACUUGACAAUAUCCCUGGCGCCACUCCAGUCACGAAAGACACGAUGCCACCGCAAUACUCGAGUUAUUGGCCAUCGCCUGAAGGGGGAGGAACGCCUCAUCUUUUGUGUGAAUCUCAAAUAUCCCAGCAUCAAAACCACGCUGAGGCCAUGAUGAAGGAUGGCAAUAGCCCCAAGUACUUUCCUAGACCUUCAUCACGCACCGCCUCGCAAUCUCUGGGUCACUCAAGCUGGUGGCCUUCACAUGUUCAGCAUGAAACUUCGAAAACAUCGGCUACUCCUUUACUUUCUCAUCAGGUUGACUAUCAAGCUGUCGAGUCCGUUACUAGGCAGGACCAAUUUUCUGUGCCCGCAACGGUUCCUGAGUCUCGAAGGCCACCCGAUUAUUCGGGCCAUUGGUGGUCACGAAGACUGCAUGAGGCUUUGCGGUUUCCACUCAGGCCACGCCCUUACGAUCAUGAGUAUGAUGAAGAUGUGGGAAGUCCUCGGUCCUGCAAUUUCAUCAAAACUGCUAGUGUUGACAGUCUGGACGAUGUUGCCAAUCAUGAGCCUUCCCAGAUUGGUCGUUUCGAAAUGUUUGGUGAAAUCGAGAUUGAUAAUCCUGUGGACCGACAUGAUUCGACUGUUUCAGAUGAUUUGGACGACUUUGAUGUCCAGCUUCUGCACAUGACUUCGCCGAAGGUCUCUCCUCGUCCAACCAUGGCAGCGGCCAUGCCCAGGUUUCAUGCGACUUUAGACGGAGAGGCGACUAAGAAGCAGCUCGAGGAUGGGGCUGAAGUGGCAGCACCGCAGUACACAUGGAGUCAACGUCGACCCCAGCCCUUGCCAGUCAUAUCGUCUUAUGACCGGGCUGAUUCUGUCCAGAACCCAUCAUCCGUGUUCUCGCGAAAGGCCAACUACCAUUUGGACGACAGCACCCAGAGGACAUUGCCGUUCCAGCACGUACCAGAUCUACCUGGAUUCCCUGGUCAGUUACUUGAGCAGCCGAAGUCAACACCCUACACAGGAUUUGCCCGACGACAUGUCCUUUAUUGAUGUUUGAUAG